AUGGGGAUGAAGAUGGCAGUACCUUUACGUCAUGCAGGAUCAGCGAUGGAGGGGCUUGCUUGGAAUUUGAUGCGAAUCGAGAAUUGGGCGCGCCGCUGGAUCCCUGAGCGCCCCCCCAAGCGGCCACCGCCGGAUUGGUUGACGCCCAAAGAGAUGCAGUCCUACAAAGCUAAGUUGAUGAAAAGCCAGGGCUUCGAUGUUGAUGACUUUCCUCAUGCCGGAGGCCAUCUAGUUCGACCGGCUGAACCUGGAGAAUUCGACCCUGGCCACUACGACCAUCUUCUUCAGCUUGCUGUUGCUAAUUACACUGCCUACCAGCACUCGUUGAUAUGCAAGCCCCGACUUCUGAAGUCGAAUUCCGAAUGGUGCGGCGCUGGUUAUGCUCACUAUAUGACAUUCGAGGCACUGGAUUGUGCUGCCGGCACUGUUAAAGAGUAUGAGGCUCGUGUGUUCAGUUCUCCAUUCAGCGACUCAUUCUGCCACUUUUGCAGGGUCAAAGGUUCAAAGAAGAUCCCUCCGAUGCCUCAUGGUGCCACAGCCCCUUCUCGCCCCCAGAUUGUGGAUUAUAACCGCGAUGAAGAUAUUUGCAUAUAG